AAAAUUUAUUUUAAAAUCAAAAAAUCUGAAGUUGAAUCCGGUCAUAUCACGAUCUUAAGACUUGAAUGUCAGUGACUCUAGGAACAGGGAGUCAGAAACUGGGAAGACAGUCGCAAUACGCCAGGAACCACUAAUCGUUAUCGAAUAUCAUACUUGCAUCGCGCGGCAGCAACAGUGCGCGAUUCAUGGCCAGAUCGAACGAAUGUGUUUGAAUUUAAAAAGAGAAUUUUAAAAAUAUUUAUGAAAAUAAGUUUUUAGUGGGACUUUAAAUUACUUACGUUUAUUGAAUGUUUCACUUUACGAAAACAAUUAUAAAUGUGUAUAAUUUAAUAGAUGUGCUAAUUAAAUAAAUACCUAAUUAGGGAUACAGUAUUUUUUUUUUAUAAAGUGUGAAGUGUUAUAAAAAUGGCGAGUGCAAUGGUCUUAUCGAAAGUCUUAGGUCAAAAGGUUCGCGGGAGAAAACAAAAACAUAGUGACUGUCGAACUCUUCAAAUAAACAUGCCACAGCCUAUUAACGUGAAUAUAGAAUUUGAAAACAUUACCAUGGAAGUGACUACAGGAUUCUUAAAAAAAAAUAAAAAAACGAUUCUACGGAGCGUGUCGGGUGUUUUCAAGUCGGGGCAACUGACUGCCAUAAUGGGUCCCUCUGGUGCGGGAAAAACUUCACUUCUAAAUGCGCUUACUGGAUUCUCGACCAGGGGCUUAAAAGGAAUCAUCCGCGCCGGGGACAUGGUUUGCGAGUUAGGCUCUAACAAGGACUCCCAGGAGUACCGCAAGCGGACCAGCUAUAUCCUACAGGACGACCGUCUGAACCCGCUCUUCACUGUGGCAGAAUUGAUGCAGUUUGCAGCAGACCUAAAACUCGGAAACACUUUGAAUCCUAAGUUAAAGAAUACUGUUAUACGAGAAGUGCUAGAAAAUUUAGGUUUAAUCGGCACGGAGAACACAAGAUGCUGCAACUUGUCAGGUGGACAAAGAAAGAGAGUCUCCAUUGCUGUAGAGCUCAUAGAUAACCCGCCCGUUCUGUUCCUGGACGAACCAACUACGGGCUUAGACAGUAUGACGUCUGUGCAGUGCAUGGAAAUGUUGAAGAAUUUGGCGCGGGCCGGCAGAACUGUGGUCUGCACCAUCCACCAGCCUCCCGCUUCUGUCUACAAACUGUUCGAUCAGGUGUACAUUCUGGCCGACGGACUCUGCAUCUACAAUGGAUCAAGCGCAAACACGGUCCCGUACCUCGCAUCGGUUGGCCUUCAAUGUCCCAUGUACCACAACCCAGCGGACUAUGUAUUAGAAAUAGCAAACGGUGAAUACGGUAACUUCAAUGAGUUGCUGGCAGCUAAAUGCGCUCGCAGCAACGACAAGGUCACGGAGAAGAUGUCACUGGCGGCCAUUGCAGAGGAGCCCAAGUACUCUCGCGGAAAAAUGAUCAUCGUCAUCAACAAGCCACACGAAUUGUAUAAGUUCAGUGUACUGCUGCGGCGGUGUAUCAUUCAGCAGUAUAGAGAUUGGACAGUGACGCACCUCAAAGUUUUACUGCACCUUGUUAUUGGUGUUCUUCUCGGACUGCUGUUCAAGUGCGCCGGCAGCGAUGCCUCGAAGACCUUCAGCAACCUCGGCUUCCUUAUAGUUUCCGCUGCCUACCUCACCUACACCUCCCUAAUGCCUAGCGUACUUAAAUUUCCAGACGAGUUACCAGUGCUGAAAAAAGAAAAUUUUAAUAACUGGUAUAACCUUAAGACUUACUACGCUGCGAUACUCAUAACCAGUUUGCCCAUACAGAUCUCAUUUAGUAUAGUAUAUUCAACCCCCUCGUAUUUGCUAACGGGUCAGCCAGUGGAAAUAUCCCGUUUCGCAAUGUUUGUGCUGGUGCUAGCGAACGUUACCCUUCUCGCUGACGCCAUCGGCAAUCUCAUCGGGUCCUGCUCGACGGCAGUUAACGGCACAUUCUUCGGGGCUAUAACGACUUGCACUAUGAUAGUGUUCGCUGGUUUCCUUGUGCUACCGACGCAUAUGCACCCCGUGAUGCAAAUCAUCUCAUACGUUUCCUACCUCAAGUACGCGUUCGAAGCGCUCGCGCUUUCCGUCUACGCUUACAACCGACCCCCGCUCGCGUGCCCAGAUGAAGUCUUGUAUUGUCACCUGAGCCUUUUGUUUUCCCUGCUCUAUCUUGCAUUACUUUCAAUUGUAAACCCGAGCAGUACAACUUAUUAUCAGAUAUUGGGUGUAUCUAAAAGUGCAUCUGCGCAGGAGAUACGCCAAGCGUACAAGAAAUUAGCUGUAAAGCUACAUCCUGAUAAAAAUCCUAAUGGAGAAGAACAAAAGAGAUUUCUAGAAAUCACAGAGGCCUAUGAAACACUUAAAGAUCCAGAGAAGAGACACCAGUACGACUUGUAUGGCUCCCAUCAGUCUUAUACAAGGAAAUAUGACCACCAUUCUCAAACGGAGUAUAACAAUUUGUACUAUAAUGGACUUUAUCAUGAAGAUCCAUUUGUCAAAACGUUAUCUGGUGGAAAUUUUUAUGCGUUUUUGAGCGAAGGUCUACACUUCGUCAACUUCUAUUCUCCAUUUUGUCCACCUUGUCAGAGCUUGGCCGAUGGCUGGAAGAAGUUAGCUGAAACAUAUAAUGGAAUUAUUAAAGUUGGUGCUGUGAAUUGCAAAUAUUAUAAUUCUUUUUGCUACAACAACAUGAGAAUCGGUAGCUAUCCGACGUUAUUGUUCUAUCCGAAUGGCAAAAAAGGAAACUACAUUUACUACAACGGUGCGCAUACAAUGGAGGCCCUAGAGGAGUUCGUGAUGAAAUUCAUUCGGAGUCGAGUAAAUGUACCAAGAGUGACACAGGUGUUGAGGAAUACGGACAGACCUGUUGUGUAUGUUGUGGACGAGGACAGUUUGGAUGAUAAUUUUGUAUCACGACUCGCUUAUCAGCUGAAUUAUUUAGCGACCGUUGUAAAAGCGAACAACUUUCGCGAACAGCUGACCGAUAACCCAGAAACGACGAUCGUGUUCAAACACAGAAGCAAACAAGAAGAAUUGCAAAGCAUUGAAGAAAACAACAUUCUACAGGAAAUUGUUGACUUGCUACCGGAUGUAGAGAGAAUAAGUUUAGAAAAUAUAAAGAAAGUUAGAAACGAUCUUCGUAAUGGGGAUGAUACUCCAUGGGUGCUAUUCUUCUCGAAGAAAGGCGUAGACAAACUUUUGCUACAUCAGAUGUUGGUUACUCUACCAGAAAUGAAUUUCGGCGAGGUCGACUGUGACGUCAACGAGGAGCUGUGCACGUCUCUGCAAGUGGACGAAGCGCCCGCGUGGGCGGUGCUCAAAGUGGGCGGGGCCUACCAACGCUUCUUUGCCACGCCCACUAGGCAAAAGCUUCGGGAAGCCGCCAUGGCGAAUUCUCUGCAUACACUCUCCGCGUCUGAGCUACAGAAGAUAUUGGAUGGUGAGAUGUCGUCCUGGGUGUUAUUGGUGGCGCCAUAUCAAGUAUCGUUUGACCACUUACUUGACCCGUUCACAGAAGUAUGCAUGGAAUUAGCGGAUUCCGGAAUCAGUUUCGGCAUAAUGUCGUGUAACCUCCACACGGAUCAGUACUGUCGUUUGGUAGCUCGCAACCAGCCGAUAGUUUUGCUGCAAAACGGAACAAAUAGACACACAUACAACGGGCAUGCGAAAACAAAUGAGAUGCUACAGUUUAUACAACUCAUAAGGGAGAGUUCGGAGCUAGAAAUAACAGAAGAGCGAGUGCUAGAAAUAAUGGACGUGUCGAAUCGCGAGCACGUGUGGCUGGUGGCGUACUUGCCGGGCACGUGCGGACGCGUCUGCGACGAACUCAAACACGAGUUCAGGAGAAUCGCUACGAGACUACGACCGAUAGAUUCUUUACGAGUCGCCGUGCUAGCGUGCACAAAUCAAGCCGGAGGUUUUUGUAAAAACAUACGCUCGCCCACCGCGAGGCUAUAUCUAGUCGGAUCCAAACAGUUUUACACUACUAACCUGGCACAGAUGUCCCAAGCCCCGUAUAUUAUGGAAUGGGCCUUGGAUAUCAUAGAUGAGAUCGUGAAACUGAACUGGCAAACCUUCUCGAAAACUGUCAUCGCUGAGGAGCUAAACCCGAGCAGGGGAAAGAAACCGUGGCUUGUCUAUUUCCACUCGCCAAGAUGUUACCAUUGCUACGAAAGGUAUCCGGACUUCGCUAUCCUAUCUAUUCAUCUAAGUAAAAGCAUCAACUUCGGCAAAGUGAACUGCCUCAGCGACAGGAGUCUUUGCCAGCAUGAGCACAUCACUAGCUAUCCGUCCAUCCGACUAUACCUUAAUCGGAACCAGCACAACACUGCUAGUCGAGUUGUAGCUUUGCACCCGAAGGAAUACACAGCACUAUUGCAGGAGAUACGGCCUCAUUUGAUGAGGUACGAUGACGAUUUGUUGGAAACCAUAAAGAAUAUCGAAAUCAAGAGUCACGUGCAUUUUAGAGACGAGUUAUAAGUUUUAAUUUAAUAGCACAAUUUUAGUGUAAGAAUUUUAUAUACACAGCUAGUAUAGGCAGGAGACAAUUAUCUCCCCGGGGGAUGGAUAAAAAUGUAUCUUCUCCCACAG